AGAAUAACCCCAGGGCAUACAACACCAAAAGGCUUUGAAAAACGACAAAACACCUCCCCAAACUUUCUGUCAGAAAUAUCUGCAACACAGUUACGUUCAAUUAUUACAGGAAGUAGCCGGUCCUCCUCCGGUUUUCCAAACCCUAUGAUCGUCCUCCCCUCCCCAACGAACAGAUAAACAAAGAGAUCUUGUCUGAGGAGUUUGAGGACCGAGGUCAGUGACCGACAACUAUGAGAUGAGUUUAUUUUGUUCGUGCAAGAAAAAUCAAAAGAUUUUAAAAGUUCGUGAAGUUACUUACUGUGCAUCCCAUACCGAAAAUCUCAGUGUCUCGAACGUAUCACCGCCACCCCCUCCCCCCCUCUUUCUCUCUCUUUCUCUGCCAUGUUUUCAGCUGCUGAAGAAAAAAGAUCGUGAUAACCUUUCAUUUCAUCUUUCUCAAUAAUCACCACCUUUCUCUUUCACUCUAUUUAUAUCACACAAUCCAAAGUUCAAAAUUCUAAAAUUUCAAGCAUAUAUCCCUUCGCCUCCAGUCUCUUUUCUAAUCUUUUGUUGUUGCAGUGCUCUUUUUGAUUGGUUUUCAUUUUUGUUUCUUUAAACUCCCUCUCCCUCUCUAGAGUUUUAGCUUUUUUUUUAGUGGUAUGGCGGAGGGUUUUGAGCCCUACCAUGUCCCACAGCAAAGCAGAAGAGAUAAGCUAAGAGUUGUGGCUCAGAACCACCCGGCUUGUGUUGAAUCCACGGCUGUUGCUCUUUCAGGUUGCUCGGGUUUUCUUCCCUUGUACGACCCUUCUAUUCUUUCUUCUGAUUUGCUAACGGCCACUGCCGGUGGUAGCCAUGGCUUCCACCACCACCAAACUGGUAAAAACAGUCCCAUUUGUGCUGUUAAAGAAGGUGUGAAUUUCAUGGGCUUUGUUGGUGGGAUCGUUAACGGUGCUUCUUCUUCUUCUUCUUCUUCGACUUCUUAUCACCCUUAUUUGAAUUCACCGUCGUCUUUACCCUUGAACCCUAGUACGAUCCAAGACAUGAAUAAUAACAACAACCCGGUUCUUUAUGCCCCUCAAAGCCUUCAAAACCUAAGAGACUUCGACCAGUCGUCCUAUACUAACGGUGCCGAAGUAGUUGUAUAUAAACCCGAGCCUACUGCCACCAGUCAAGGCUUGUCUCUCUCUCUCUCUUCUCAUAAUACACACCAAAACAAUCUGCCCACGGGGCUAAAUCUACAAAGGUACGAAGUUACUUCCGCUGGAUAUUUCUCUUCUACUUCGAAUGAGGUUUCCCGGAUCUCGGUCCCUCUCGGUCCUUUCACGGGCUACGCUUCGAUUCUGAAGGGAUCGAAGUUUCUGAGGCCGGCACAGCAGUUAUUAGAAGAGCUUUGCGAUGUGGGUAAGGGAUGUUACGUCGAGAAAAUCACUCCCGACUGUUCUAUCAUGGAGUCUCCAUCGCAGAACUUAAGUGCUACUGUAAUUAUGGAUGAUUCUGAUAAUACAGGAAAAAAAUCAAGACUAAUUUCAAUGCUUGACGAGGCGUUCAGGAGGUACAAGCAAUACUAUCAGCAGAUGCAAGCUGUAGUUGCAUCGUUCGAAUGUGUUGCUGGACUGAGCAAUGCGGCUCCAUUUGCAAACUUGGCGUUGAAAGCAUUGUCCAAACAUUUCAGUUUCUUGAAGAAUGCAAUAACCGACCAGCUUCAGUUCACUCACAAAGCUCAUGAUCAGAUAAUCCCUGGAAAAGAUGAGGUUCCGAGGUUUGGAAGCUCCAACAGAAGCUUUUAUAAUCGACCGGUUCAUAACUCAGGCUUCCCCGAGAGCCAACCAGUUUGGCGGCCUCAACGAGGCCUUCCUGAGCGUGCUGUAACUGUACUAAGAGCAUGGCUUUUUGAACACUUUCUACAUCCCUAUCCAACAGAUACAGACAAACUAAUGUUGGCAAAACAAACCGGUCUAUCACGUAGUCAGGUCUCAAAUUGGUUUAUAAAUGCAAGAGUAAGACUGUGGAAGCCAAUGGUGGAAGAAAUACAUAUGCUGGAAACAAAACAAGCUCAAAAGGCAUCCCAAAAGGACCGAAACACAAACAGGUCGAGCGAUCAUUUGUCCUUGGCGAACACUCUUGUAUCUGAGCAUCCAGCUACAUCGACCCAAACGGUUCAAGAUGCCCCGUUGAAGCAAACGAGAAGUGAACUUACCGAUAUACCUAUGGGAAGCGAACCACUCAACUUGCCGUACAACAGUUUGUCGAGCCAUCCACAAGAUGGUGCCAGUGUCGGUUUCGGUGUUAGCAUGGCAGGUGGAAGUACUGCUGGUGUUUCCUUGACACUGGGUCUUCAUCAGAACAAUGGUAUUGGCUUACCAGAGCCCUUUCCUAUAAACGCAGCUCAGCGUUUCGGUAUCGGGGUUGAGGUAAACAAUGAAGGGUAUGUCAUCGGUGGAUAUGAAGCACAAAACCGACAUUUCGGACGGGAUGUCAUUGGCGGGCAGCUUUUGCAUGAUUUUGUAGGUUGAGAGAAGAUGGGAUAGAAGCUUCCUGGGCCAUAUUGUUUAAAUUUGAAAGUGUAUUUUACGUGGCUAAAAGCCAAUAUAUGUUAUCAGAAUGCAAGCUGAAACAAAAGAAUAGUCAGAAUGACUUCCCCAUGCCAUUUUCUUAUAGAAAUGUGUACCAGCAAAGUAUUGGCGUAGAAUAAUUCUGUAAAUUUAGAAUUUACAAGAUGGAACUUUUUAUAUAAUUUCGAGGCCAUCAAAUCAUGGCCUAGGAAUGUGCUUGUUAUUGUAUUCAAAGAUGGAGGUAUGGAGCACGUAAUGAAACGAACAGAUUUGG